AUGUCGCCGCAACGACCUGGCCCGAGUGGUGUCAGCGACCCUGCCGAAACGCACCAGUUGGCUUUUCGCACUGCGGCGCCAGCGUUCCACACCGCUACCGCAAGCGGGAACAGCCCGCGGAGACCUCUCCUCUUCGUCCACGUAGACGCGGCGAGCGAGCAGGAAAAGACGAAGCCGCGUGCGCGCUCAAUCAAACGCGAGAUUCGAAGCCACGUCCAGUUUCAUGUGAACGAGAAGAAGCGGCGAAGCGGGAUACAACAAUGGACCCGGAAUCUCCGGCAGUCAGCCGCUGUUGCAACAAGUCUGGGUCGGCAAACAAUUCGGGGCAUUGGCUCGGGACGGCUCGACCCGUUCGAAACGCGGCCGGUGAAGGAGACGCCUUUUUAUCGCAGCAUGAUGGAUUUUUAUUUCCACGACAUGCCCGCUCAGGCUCCAUACGCUUACGAUGACGUGGCAGUAACGUCACCAAAGUGGGCAGAGUCUCUCUGGCGGGUCAGUGGCUUCGAACCGGUUUCGUUUUUUGCAAUAAUCCACUUCGUCGCUAUACUAUACGGCAAAUUGCGUGGAGUCGAUAUGACCACCGAAGUCGUAAUAUGGGAGCAACGAGCACAUUCCAUGGUCACGGAAUUUCUCGCGUCUGGACGUCCAAUAUCCGACCCGAUAGCUUGUGCAGUCGGCGCUCUGGCGCUGUGUGCAAGCAACGAGGGCUCAUGGGAGAUUGCCGACAUGCACUACACCGGUUUGUUCGCUCUCACCCAUGCUCGAGGCGGACUCGAAGCAUUCGCACCAGUCAUACAAAGCGGACUCAUCUGGUGCGAGAAUGAUUAUGCGAUGCGCCACAUGACGGUCCCGGCUUUUCACCAAGAGCUUUCUCCGCGAAGCGUGCAGCAGUGGCUCGAAGCCUUUCCGCCCGAGCUGCGACGGCAAGCAUCACUUCGCCAUCAGUCGGGCCAGCGCCGGCUUCCGACGGUUGGAGCGGAUUUGGACUCGAUACUGCUCAGCCUGCACCACCUGAGCAUCGCACAGGAGCCAUCAUGGAAUGCGCGCAUGAACAGGCCGGCGAUGCGCAAAACCUUCUACGACUCAGAACACAAGCUCCUAGUUAUCCUGGCGGAUUCCAAAACUCGCCAAGAGAGAUCGCCGACCUUGUCGGCAGCCGAGAGAGUACGCUCCGCCGUAGCUCAGACAGCACAGCUCUUCCUCCUUGCCGCGCUGAGAGAGAUGCCGCUGCAAACGGCCGUGAAUAAUCUCCUCGUUGAGCGACUCCACACCACGGUGUCCGCUCCCGGUUUUAUCGACCAGUGGAUACGGACAGCGCAUCUGCACGGCUUGCUCUGGGUUCUCUUCGUUGGAUGGGCCGUCUCCACGAAAGACAGCCGCAUCGUAUCGCCGCGGCAGUGGUUCGAAGAGCAUCUCACGCAACUCAUGUGGCAGCUAGAUCUGCGCUACGAGGACUUGGAGGAAGUUCUCGCACAGUUCCCGUCCACGGACGCCUUCUGCAGAGAGCCUCGCCGCCAGCUACAAUCCCGGUCAUCUGUGGUAGACGAGACAUGUCUGGUGUCAUCGGAAUCGUGGUGGUAA